AUGAUUCAAGUCAGCAGUGGCUGUGAAGUUCCCAUGUUUACGGUUCAACGAGCUCUCAUCCCCCUGGAACUCACCAAUGAAUUACAAUACAUUUCAGAAUUGAAGCUUGAAUUAAUUAAUAGGUUCCAAGAAUCUCCAUUCUUUUUGGAUAAUGUUCAAGUAAGGGAUAUUAGACGGUAUACUGAUAAGUACAAUGAAAUCCAUCGGGAAAAACUUGAGCCAGAUUUUUCACGACUACCUGAAGAGCUCUGUUGGCGUCGCGAGCGAGUGGAAGCCCCUGUGGCGAAGAAGCGAAAGAUGAUUGAUGAUAGUACAGAGGUUGUUCAGCAAAAACUGAUGCGAUUAGAACAAGCUGAACAAAACGAAGACAUCGUCGAAGAAGUGGAGGAUGAAGAUGAUGGCUCAGAGGAUUCUCGGGAGCAGCCAGGCAGCGCUGUGCAAUCUGAGGACGACCUCGAGGAA